CCGGAGUGCCUGGGAAGUGAUUGUUCUCAGCUGGGUUGCUCCCCCAUGUGAGCUCUGCAGGAGCAGGGUGCACGGGGCACACCGGCAGUGGGGCUCUGGUCAGUGCCCCCUGCAGUAACCCAGGCUGAAAACAUGGGUAAGAAAAGCAAGAAGGAGAAGAAGGUGAAGGGGGCAGAGAAAACAGCUGCUAAGAUGGAGAAAAAAGUCUCCAAGAGAGCUAAGAAGGAGGAGGAGGAUCUUGAAGCCCUGAUAGCAGAAUUCCGGACAUUAGAUGCUAAAAAGACCCAGAUAAUUGAGACAGCCUGUCCCCCACCCUCACCAAGGCUGAACGCCUCCUUGUCCGCUCAUCUCGAGAGAGACGAAUUGAUCCUUUUUGGAGGUGAAUAUUUCAAUGGCCAAAAAACGUUCCUGUAUAAUGAGCUGUACAUUUACAACAUCCGGAAGAACAGCUGGAGUAAAGUAGAUAUCCCAAAUCCUCCUCCCAGGCGCUGUGCACAUCAGGUUGCAGUGGUGCCCCAGGGUGGUGGACAGCUGUGGGUAUUUGGUGGAGAAUUUGCUUCUCCUGACGGAGAGCAGUUUUACCACUACAAGGAUCUCUGGGUCCUGCAUUUGGCCACCAAGACUUGGGAGCAAAUCAAGGUAACAGGGGGGCCCUCGGGAAGAAGUGGACACCGAAUGGUAGCCUGCAAGAGACAGUUAAUCGUCUUUGGAGGAUUCCAUGAGAGUGCCAGAGACUACGUAUAUUACAACGAUGUGUAUGCCUUCAGCCUGGACACUUUCACAUGGACCAAGCUGUCUCCAUCAGGGACUGGCCCUGCUCCAAGGUCUGGCUGCCAAAUGGUUACCACUCCAGAUGGCAAUAUAAUCAUCUAUGGUGGCUACUCCAAACAGAGAAUUAAGAAAGAUGUUGACAAAGGCACCCUGCACACCGACAUGUUCCUGCUGAAGGCUGAAGGCAUGGGCAAGGAGGAAGGCAAGUGGGUAUGGAAUCGGCUUAGCCCAUCAGGUGUGAAACCAACUCCCAGGUCUGGCUUCUCUGUGGCAAUGGGCCCCAAUAACCGAUCCCUUCUCUUCGGAGGUGUGCAUGACGAAGAAGAGGAAGAGCGCAUUGAAGGAGACUUCUUCAGUGAUAUUUAUUUCUACGAUAUGGGAAAGAACCGCUGGUUUCCUGGACAACUAAAGGGACCUAAGUCUGAGAAGACGAAACGUAGGCGAGGCAAAAAGGCUGAGACAGAGGGUGCUGGGGAUGGAGAAGCAGAGGGCCAGCCGCCUCAGGGCCCCGUGGAAAUCGUCAAAGAGGUGGUGGCAGAGGAUGGGACUGUCAUGAUGAUCAAGCAGGUGGUCUCUGCCCCUGAAGUGGAGCCAGAGAAGUCCGAAUCAGAAGACGAAGAAGAGGCUGGUGAUGAAGCCUCCAGCAAGCAGGUGGAGCCAUGCCCACGUUCAAACGCUAUGCUGGCAGUGAAGCAUGGGGUUCUCUACGUCUACGGGGGGAUGUUUGAAGUGGGGGACCGCCAGUUCACCCUCAACGACCUCUAUAGCAUCGACCUCCACAAGAUGGAGGAGUGGAAGGUCCUGGUGGAGAUGGAUCCAACUGGACUUCUGAAACUAGGGAGCUGGUCUCUAGAGGGCUACACACAAUGUCAGUUAAUAAAAAGUGUUUGUUUGAAUUCUUGAAAUCACUGUCGAAAUAGUUCUUCAGUAAAAUAUUGUAGUGUGAACAGAAUGCAUGGUGCUGUGUGGUAUAUGGGUUCCAUUGGCGUGGGUGUGGAAUGGUAGUAUUGCCCAUGAGUGGAGAAGCCCAGAUUAAAAUCUUUACCCCAUAUCUCCUCGUUCUAUCUAGGGUACUUAUACAGCCUGUUGUAUUAAUGUAGAUGGAAUAAAUGGAGCCUAGUCCUACGGUGUUAAUGGAGCCUAGUCACUGUCCAACAUUAAACAAAGUUCAGGGUUUGCUAUACAGAGAGUUUAGCCUCCUUCGUACCAUGGCAAACACAUUGUUACAAAUCCUUUUAACCUCUUAUUAAAGAUACAGAAAAGACCGAAAAAGAGCUAAAGCCUUUAAAAUGUGAAGUAUUCAUUAAAAGUCCAAUCCCGUUUCAUCCCAUAUGGUGGUUGAGAUUCAGCUAUAGCCAGAAAAGGUGGUGGUGUCACCUCGCUUCUUCUUUCUGGCCCCAUCAGGUCAGAGCAGCUCUCGGGGUUAGGACAAGGAAGGUCCAGGGUCCCAGGAGACAGUGGGGUAGCAGCCAUAAUGGUGAAGCUUCCUCCAGUAGUCAGUUUUUUCUCCCAAAGUUGUCUCUUUCAAGAACCCCAAAGGGAGUGGUGGGUGAAAUAGCCCACUCCCGUCAUCAUUUUGUCCACCAGUUAGGCUUGUUUCCAAAAUACCAGUUUUGGUUCACUGAUUUCCAGUCUCACACUUCCCUUGUUUACCAGGCAUGAUCUUAACACAGCCCUUGUGGUCCUUUUGUUUGGACUAGUGCAGUUCUUCUGUCUCCCGUUCAUGCUUUUUGCCAUCAGCAUCUCUCGUUACAGGUCAUUGUGACAUCUUACGGACUUUCAUGUACAUUUUACAAUUGAGCUCACAAUUAGGAUCAAUUUUUAGGCCCAGUUAUCACAACAGGCUCCCAAGACCAUAAUAUCCGAGCGCCGCACAGUCUUUUAAUGUGUUGAUCCGCACAACACCUGGGAGGCAGCGUGCUAUCUCCAUUUUAUAGGUGGGGUACCAAGGCACCUCCACAGCAAAAACCCCACGGCAGCGAGUCUCCAAGCCCAGGUCUACAGACUCCAGCUUCCGGGACUUGCACUACACUGCUAAAAACAGCUUUUAGAUGUUCUGCUUCACGGUUUGAAACCCACCCCCCUCCCCAGGCUUCAGAGCCUGGAGGU